GCUCUCAUCUCUUCCCCCUUCCCCCCCUUCUUCUCUCUCUCUCUCUUUCUUCUUUCUUUCUUCUCUUCACCCCUUCACACCUCAACCUUACCAGCAGCCAGUUCCUCCGCCAUGGUCAGUUUCCAGUUCGACUCCUUCGCCAACACCUCCAACGCCCUCGUCGCGGGCAAGGUGGUCGCGAUCGCUUCCCUCGGCAUCUACGCCGGCACUGCUCUCAGCUUCAGCACCAUCAUCAUGCCCUCGCUCCGCAAGUUCUCCUCCAACAGCUCCGUCGCCAUCUGGCACGAGGCCUUCAAAGCUGGAAACUACGUUCAGACAUCCGCGAUCGCGGUCAGUGUCCUCGGAAAUGCAGGAUUGUACUACAAGACAAAGAACCCCUCGUACCUUUACAGUGCCGUUAUCAUGGCCUUGUCGGUGCCUUACACCUUCAUCGCCGUCAUGCCCGUCAACAAGAAGCUCGUUGCGAUCCGUGAGGAGAACACUAUCCAUGGCAAGAGCAACACCAUGAAGGACCCUAAGAGCAACGACAACGUGGCCGAGGCACUUUUGAGCCGCUGGAGCUUGCUCCACGCGGUGAGGACCGCGAUGGGCUACGGCGCCUUGCUCGCCACUGUCUACGGUGUUAUUUCCGACAGAGGAGUCCGCUUCAUCCUGUUCAAAUAAAGCAGUGUUGUUGUAUGUAUCUAUUUAAUAAACUUACGCAUACUUGCCAUCACGUAAGCACGUCGCAUGAUAGAGAAUCGAUCGUCCGUUGAAAGGGAGCAGAAAAAGUAGGAAAGGCUUACAGAU